UAAAUACUCAUCUUCAAAUUAAUCAUUCAGUCAGUCAAUAUUGCAAGUAGGCACAGGAUGAAGCCAUUUUUGGGAAUAGCAUUACUUUUCUUUGUUUUUGCGUUGGCCAUUGGAAGUCCCGCUUUAGGUACUGCCAAAGAGGAAAAAUUAUGUCCAGCUAAUGAAGUUUAUUACGAUUGUGGACCAAAUUGUCAAUCCGAAUGUGAUACAUUGGGCGAACCAUGCACAAUUAGAUAUAUUCGAUGCCCGGACGGUUGCUAUUGUAAAAAGAAUUAUGCAAGGAUGUCACCUGGAGGAGAAUGCGUACCAAUAGAAAAGUGUCCAGCAAAGAAGGUUCUUGAAGUGUAAAAAUAUUCUGAUGAAACAGCACAAGAUCCUAUAUUUCAAAUGCGUAUACGAAUACUACUCAAAUUUCACGUCCUAAAAAUAUUCCGGCCCAUAUAAUCUAUUUAUAUAAAAAGUGGUGGAAUGAGUAAUUCAGUUAAUAAAUUUGACCAAAAUAAGCA